AGCCGGAGGCGCGAGGACUCUGGAGCGGUGCUCCUGCGUUCCCGACACCGCGGCUCCAAACCUUGAGAGGACCAAGAGAACUUUCUUUGAACUGCGAACAGUUUUGGUCAACGGGAUAGCCUCCCAUGCUUUGGCUUCCCGCCUCUUCAUUGUGGUUCUGAUCCCUCGCUGCUUUCCUUCUCGAACCUGCUGGGGUGCAAUCGGAAGCCCGUCAGCGCGCCAGACGGCUGUCCGGACCUGCGAGGGUGGGAGGCGGCCGCCAGCCCUGUCCCCUCGCAGCCCCCGCCCCGCCGCGCAGCGGUGCUCGCCCGGGGUAGCUGGCUGUGCCUGGCGCUCGGGCAGCGCGCGGCAUGCAGUCUCUCAACAUCACCCGGGAGCAGUUCUCCAGGCUGCUACGGGACCAUAACCUGACGCGCGAGCAGUUCAUCGCGCGCUACGGGCUGCGGCCGCUUGUCUACACCCCGGAGCUGCCGGGGCGCGCCAAGCUGGCCUUCGUGCUCACCAGCGUGCUCAUAUUUGCCCUAGCGCUCUUUGGCAACGCGCUGGUGGUCUAUGUGGUGACCCGCAGCAAGGCCAUGCGCACCGUCACGAACAUCUUCAUCUGCUCCUUGGCGCUCAGCGACCUGCUCAUCGCCUUCUUCUGCAUCCCGGUCACCAUGCUACAGAACAUCUCUGACACCUGGCUGGGGGGUGCCUUCAUUUGCAAGAUGCUGCCAUUUGUCCAGUCAACUGCUAUCGUGACAGAAAUUCUUACUAUGACCUGCAUUGCUGUGGAAAGGCACCAGGGACUUGUGCAUCCUUUUAAAAUGAAGUGGCAAUACACCAACAGAAGGGCUUUCACCAUGCUAGCAGGUGUGGUCUGGCUGCUGGCAGUCAUCGUAGGAUCACCCAUGUGGCAUGUACAACGCCUUGAGAUUAAGUAUGACUUCUUGUAUGAAAAGGAGCAUGUCUGCUGUCUGGAAGAGUGGGCCAGCCCUGUGCACCAGAAAAUCUAUACGACGUUCAUCCUUGUCAUCCUGUUCCUCCUGCCUCUUAUGCUGAUGCUUAUCCUGUACACUAAAAUUGGUUAUGAACUUUGGAUAAAGAAAAGAGUGGGGGACUGCUCAGUGUUUCGAACUAUUCACGGAAAAGAAAUGUCAAAAAUAGCCAGGAAGAAGAAGCGAGCUGUCAUUAUGAUGGUGACAGUGGUGGCUCUCUUUGCUCUAUGCUGGGCACCUUUCCACAUCGUGCACAUGAUGACUGAAUACAGCAAUUUUGAAAAGGAAUAUGAUGAUGUCACAAUCAAGAUGAUUUUUGCUAUCGUGCAAAUAAUUGGAUUUUCCAAUUCUAUCUGUAAUCCCAUUGUUUAUGCAUUUAUGAACGAAAACUUCAAAAAAAAUUUUUUGUCUGCAGUUUGUUAUUGCAUAGUAAAAGAAACCUUAUCUCCAGCACGAAGGCAUGGAAAUUCAGGAAUUACAAUGAUGCAGAAGAAAGCAGUGUUUUCCCAGAGAGAGAACCCAGUGGAGGAGACAAAAGGAGAAGCAUUCAGUGAUGGCAACAUUGAAGUCAAAUUGUGUGAACAAUCAGAGGAGAAAAAAUACAUCAAAUGACAUCUUGCCCUGUUCAAUUCUGAACUUUCUGAAAAUUCUGCUUUAGGUGGUGGCCGCUAAUUAUAACAAUGUCUGCAUAAUUAGGACUGUUUGUAGCUUAAUUGGAAGAGAAAAUUAUUUUGAGCAAAGGUGGAAGACAUUUUUUUUUUAUUCUCAGAAUGAGGAAAAGAAGGAAACAAAUCAUUUUCUUCAUAAAAAUAUAACAUUAUACAUGAAAAGACAAUUUUGAAAAAUUAGUAAACUAUCCUUGUAGAUUAUUAAAAAAAAAACUUGUAUAGAAAUAAAUGUUUUUGCCUGGUAAUUUUUCCCCUAAUGCAGUCAAUGUAAUGUGACUUUCUAUGUAUUUCUAAAUGAGCUGAGGAAAUAACUUAAAAAUUAUGCCUUCUUUUUUGAGUAAGUUAAUGGUUGAACACAGUAAUGUAAUUUUCAGUGCUGUUGAAGCUUGGUAAUACAGUCUCUUACAAAUGAGGUCUGUCCAAUAAUCAUCAAGUCAAAGAAGAUGGCGAAGCCGCAAAAUGACCAAUGAAUGUGAUUCAGAGGCAGAUGCCCGGGUGUGAGCUUCUUCUAGCCCUACCAGCUACCACUGCUGUGAUGACUGGCAAGCCACUGAACCUCUUUAAGCCUCUGUUUCUUCCUGUGUAUACUGGUGAGGUACCUCUUCUGCUUCACAGGGUCACUGCCAGAAGAAAACGAGAUGUGAGCAGGAAAGCCCUUUGUACUGUACAGCACCCUCAGGUUCUGAAGCAUCAUCGCAGCCCCAUGUUCCAGGCCUCCCCUUUCUGCUCCCUUUUGCUUCCUGAGAGUUGCCCUCAACCCUGCCAGCUUUCCACCCAUGCCUGUUUUGUAGCUGGUUUCUCUAAUCAAAAGAAGGAUGUUUCUGGGAUCCUCAUUUAUAGGCUGGCUGUAAUAUAUGUAAGCCAAUCUAACUAUCUCAAAUAUUUAUAUUUUUAAAUCCCUUACUUUAGUAGUGGGAUGAAUGGUUCUUAUAUAAAAGGACUUUUAGAUGUAGUUAGCAGAUGAGAGCAUUAACUCCAAGCCCAUGAUUUUACUGUGCCCAAGACUGACCCCCGAGAGAGCAAGGCUAGGAAGAAUGGAGUUCCCCACUCAUAUUCCUUACCUUACGUCAAUCUCCCUUAAUCAUAACCUCCCUUCUUUCCAGUCUUCUCCUCUUACCCUCAAAUAUCAUGGAACCAGUGACCACAUCCCAGUGCCCUGUCACUUCCCCUUUAACAACUGUGAUUCCCAAAGUCCAUUCACAGCUUCUUGGCUAAAGUGUUUCUUUUGCCUCCAGUUUUGCAGCACUUAUUCUUUCUACCAGGAAAUAGAGAAAGGAAGAGAAGCUCAAGAAUUAUCAGAGUAUUAUUUCACUUGUAAAGCUUUAAGGUUUGGGAACCAGAGAACUCAGGCUAUUCGGAUCUUUCAAAAUGUAGACAUUUGACUUUUUAGGUGUGCCAGGAUAAAAUGGAUACAGCAACACAACUGAAACAGUGUGUGGUAUUAAGAAAAAAUGGCAAUAUGACACAGAAAAUUAACAAAGUCAAGAGAAGACAACUGAUGAUUUGGUUUGUGUUGAAAUGGACUUACUAUGGAUUAUGUGUGUGUGCCAUUCUCCUGUUAUGAGUAGCUAUCUUGUAGCAAAACAGUAAUUAUCAUUAAAUCAUUAAACCAUUAAAAACGAAUCAUAUUCACUGA